AUGGAGGAAGAUUCAGAUAGAACCCAGUUCUUGCUUGGUCGCAUUCAACAGUUAGAACGAGAACGUGACGAGUUACAAAAAGAUAUAGAGCAACUAUGCAUGCAACAAGCUGGACCUAGCUACCUGGGGGUGGCUACUCGAAUGCAUUUUCAGCGGACAGCUGCAUUGGAGCAGGAAAUUGAGACAUUGAACAAAAAGAUUGCUGCAUGCGCAAGAGAGAAUCAGAACCUUCAAGAGGAGCUGUCUGAGGCUUACCGUAUCAAAAGCCAACUUGCAGAUCUACAUAGUUCAGAAGUCUCAAAGAACAUGGAAGCAGAAAAGCAGCUGAAAUUUUUUCAAAACUGUGUUGCUGCUGCAUUUGCAGAGCGGGAUAAUGCAAUUAUGGAGGCUGAAAAAGCAAAGGAGAAAGAGGAGUUUGUGUCUCGGGAAUUGGACAGCUAUAAAAAGAGGGUUGAAGAGCUUACUUCCACAUCUGUUGAAGAAAAGAAACUCAUUGCUGCAAUGCAGAUUGAUCAAGAAACAAAAGAGAAGCAGAUGGAAUCUUUCAAAAAGGUUAUUGACAAGUUUUAUGCCAUCAGAGAAGAAAACUUGAAGGUAUUUGAUGAUACAAGCUGGGAAGAUAAAUGCGAGCGCCUGUUGGGGGAUUCUUCAGAAAUCUGGAGUUUCUGCAGUGAGGAAGAAACUUCCACAUCAAAGUACAUUAGUUCUCUGGAACAAGAAGUUGAGACUCUGAGAAAGUCCUUUGAUAAUCUUCGAAACAAUAUGCAAGUGGGAUUGGAAAUAGAAAAUCAUUUGAAGAGGAAAGUUCGCACUUUGGAGAGGGAUAAGGUUCUUUUACAGGAAAAGGUUGAGAAAGGGUUAUCAGCAUUACAUGAUUACCAUUCCAAACACAGGAUAGAGGUGAUGCAAGAGUUAGAUGGGGGUUAUUCCCUUCUCAAAGCAACUGUUAUUGCGGUUGAAGAAAAGUUCAAGCAGCUUGAGUUGAUGACCGAACAAAAGUCUCCCAAGACACAAGAUAUUGAGCUGCCUGAGGAUGACUGCCGAGAUGUUCAUGUAAAUUAUGAUACAGCCCUGGUUUCAGCUGCUCAGGGUGAUAAUCCUGGUUUGGAACCUUCGGCUAUUUUGCAAGGUGGAGAUGCCUCUGAAGCCCUUGCUCAGGCAUUGCAAGAGAAGGUUGCAGCACUUUUGCUUUUAUCACAAGAAGAAGAAAGGCAUUUACUAGAGAGAAAUGUGAACGUAGCUCUUCAAAAGAAAAUUGAGGAUCUUCAGAGAAACCUGCUUCAGGUCACUAACGAAAAGGUGAAAGCACUGAUGGAGCUAGCACAAGUGAAGCAGGAAUACCAAAUUCUUCUAGAGAAUGUCAAUGCAGGGGUAACACGUGGACAGCAAUCUGCUGGAGGGGAAAAGAAGAUUAUUAGAGACAAAGAUGGAAAACUGAAAAAUUUGUUGAAGACGAGUUAUCUGAGACACUGGGUUGGUAACAUUGGUUCCGCCACAGAUAACACUGACCGUGAACAGAGUUUCAACCAAAGGAUGCGAGCCAACAGCGUGGAUUUUGCAAGUAUGAAGAUUGAAAAUGCUGCUCUUAACGAGAGCCUGGAGAGUAUGGAGCACCUCACCUCUUCAAUACGUAAACUUCGUCUUGCACUCUUGAAGGUAAAUGAGUCAGCUGUAUUAGUAAGUGCAAAUAAUGGUUCGUCACAUGCCGUUGAUGACAUCAUAACGGAGGCCAAAUUGUUGAAGACUGCCCUUGGCAGCUCACUCCCCAUCAGUUGGUCUGCUGAGUCUGAUGUUGAAACACAAGUGGACAGUUUCGAAGAUGCAAUGAACUCCAUGGAGGAUGUCUCAACUUGUGAUAAAGUAGAUUUUGUCUGUGCCGCUGGACUUGAGAUGAUUGAGCUCUUGAUAUUUGCAGCUCAAGUGUUUAAAGAGCGUGCAACCAGCGGAAAGUUAGAAACUCCUGGGACAGGUUACCAGUGA